CAAAAACAUUCGCCAACUAUACACAUAACAAAAACAAACACUCUCUUCUCUUCUCUUCUUCUCUCUCGAUCUCUCCCCAAAAAAUCUCCAGAUCUCAACGUCACCGGAGAGACAAGAACCACUGCCGUGAAAACCAUGAUUCCUUACGCCACAGUCGAAGAAGCUUCAAUCGCACUCGGACGAAACCUCACACGGCUCGAAACUCUGUGGUUCGAUUACUCCGCCACGAAAUCCGAUUACUAUCUCUACUGUCACAACAUUUUGUUCUUGUUCCUCGUCUUCUCUCUCGUUCCUCUUCCUCUUGUUUUCGUCGAAUUGGCUCGAUCUGCUUCUGGUUGGUUUAAUCGGUAUAAGAUCCAACCUAAGGUUAAUUACUCUUUAUCUGAUAUGUUCAAAUGUUACAAAGACGUCAUGACCAUGUUUAUCCUCGUCGUUGGUCCGUUGCAACUCGUUUCUUAUCCUUCCAUUCAGAUGAUAGAGGUUCGAUCUGGAUUACCAUUACCAACAAUUACAGAGAUUCUGUCACAGUUAGUAGUCUACUUCUUGAUAGAAGACUACACUAACUACUGGGUCCAUAGAUUCUUUCAUAGUAAAUGGGGUUACGACAAGAUUCAUCGAGUUCAUCACGAGUAUACAGCUCCGAUAGGAUAUGCUGCUCCAUAUGCACAUUGGGCUGAAGUUUUGCUUCUCGGAAUCCCGACGUUUAUGGGACCAGCUAUUGCUCCUGGUCACAUGAUAACCUUUUGGUUGUGGAUAGCUUUAAGGCAAAUGGAGGCUAUUGAGACUCACAGUGGAUAUGAUUUUCCGUGGAGUCCAACAAAAUACAUCCCUUUCUACGGUGGCGCUGAGUACCACGAUUAUCAUCACUAUGUUGGAGGACAAAGCCAAAGCAAUUUCGCUUCAGUUUUCACUUAUUGUGAUUACAUUUAUGGAACUGACAAGGGUUACCGAUUCCAAAAGAAGCUUCUUGAGCAGAUCAAGGAGUCAUCUAAGAAGAGCAACAAGCAUAACGGAGGAAUCAAAUCCGAUUAGUAGAAACUGGCGAAGAAGAUUUUAACA